CACCAACAUGGUCCAUAUCAUACUAAUCCCUUACAUGGCCCAAGGCCACAUGAUCCCCAUGGCCGACAUGGCCAGCCUCCUCGCCUCCUCCGGCGCCGUCGUCACGUUUAUCACCACCCCAGUCAAUGCUGCCCGCAUUCGCCCUAUUAUUGACCGGAUCGAGAACUCCCAUCUCCCCGUCCGCUUUGUCCAACUCCCCUUCCCCUCCGCCGAAGCUGGCCUCCCCGCUGGCUGCGAAAAUGUUGACCUCAUCUCCUCCCCUGGCCUCCACAAACCCUUCAUGGAAGCCCUCUCCAUUUUCGGAGAGCAAGUCAAGCUUUACCUCACUACUAAAAAUCCGACGACAAUGCCGGUAGACUGCAUUAUCUUCGACAGCAAGAACUCGUGGGUUGGUGCGGUGGCUGAGAGCCUUGGCAUACCUCACAUAAUCUUCUACGGACCAUCCUGUUUCUAUAUACUAUGCUCCCAUCUUUUGAAGAAGUAUCAGGUGCUGAAAAGCAUUGAAGAUGAUUAUAAACUGUUUAAGGUUCCGGGGUUGCCGGAGCCUGUGGAGGUGAUGAAGGCGCACGUGAUGAGGUUGAUGGAUAGGCCGGGCUGGGAGAAGGUAAGCGAGGAGUUUUACAAGACCGAGAAGUCGGCAUGCUGCGUUGUGAUGAACACCUUUGAGGAGUUGGAGAUGUCGGGUUUGGAUAAAUUCAGGAAAGAGAUUAUGAAGGAGGUAUGGCCUAUUGGGCCAUUGUCACUCUCCAACAAGGACUUGGACAGCAUGGCCAUGAGAGGGAAAGCUUGUUCCAUCGACACGAGAUUGUUAUUGAGCUGGCUGGAUUCCAAGGCGCCCAACUCAGUCAUGUUUGUCAGCUUUGGGAGCUUGUCACGCAAUCCCAUCUCCCAGUUGGUGCAGAUCGGGCAAGCGCUUGAGUCAGCAUCAUCUUCACAGUUGUCAUUUAUUUGGGUGGUGAAAGAGGCGGAAAGGAGCGAGGAAGUCGAGAAUUGGUUGGCGGAGUUUGAGGAAAGAACGAAAGGAAGGGGGAUGGUGAUCAGAGGAUGGGCGCCACAAGCGGUGAUUCUUGGCCAUUUGGCAGUGGGCGGAUUUAUGACACACUGUGGGUGGAACUCGACGUUGGAGGCAAUUGCAGGUGGAGUGGUGAUGGCGACAUGGCCGAGAUUUGGAGACCAGUUUGUGAAUGAGAGAUUGGUGGUUGAUGUUUUGAGAAUUGGGGUAGCGGUUGGGGCAAAGGUACCAACUUUGUUUGUGAAUGAGAUGAGUGAGAAAGCGUUGGUGAAGGGGGAAGAGGUGAGGAAGGUGGUGGAGAAGGUGAUGCAAGGAGGGGAAGAAGGGGAUGAGAGGAGGAAGAGGGUGAGGGAGUUGGCAGAGAAGGCGAGGAAGGCCAUGGAGGAAGGAGGGUCUUCGUUUGAGAAUUUGAAGAGGAUAAUCCAAUUUGCCAAGGGAGAAAAUAAGCAUUUGGAAAGGGGAAAAUAAGCACGUGCUCUCUCUCUCUCUAUAUAUAUAUCUCUAAAUAAUUUCAUUGGAAUGCACAUGCUGCUUUGAUUUGUGCUGUCUUGCUAGCAUUUUCAAAUGAGAACUGUUUGUUGUU